AUGAAAACUCUGCUGCUGGCCUUGGUUGUGGUGGCAAUUGUGUACCUGGAAUUGUUUUGUGAUAACGUUAAGAAAUGUGCAAAAGGACAGAAGGUGUGCUAUAUAAACUACAUUUACAGUGAUAUACCCAAAAUGGAAGUCAUCAAGGGAUGUGCUGCAAGCUGCCCUACUGAGGGAGACUAUGAGAGGGUUUUGUGUUGCCCGACAGACAACUGCAUCUAA